UAAGUUUCCUUUCCUUCCCAAAGGCGAAUUUAAGGCAGAUAUUUUAACUAUUUCCGAUUCCUAUCGUAUACUAUCAAUAGUUUUCGAGACCGACGAUUUUAACACUAUGAAGAUCACAGAAAGCGACUUACCGGUGGGGCCUUCGAAUUUUCAAGAGCACUGAAACCUCAUCCUCAGUUGAUGCGGCUCCCAUGGAGCUACUUUCUGUAUUAAAGAUCAGACAGCAAUAACAAUGCCAGGUUACCCUGUACCAGAGGUAGACAAAGAGAUAUUUCAAGAACUCCUCUGUGAGUACUGUGUCACAGUGGUAAGAGAUGCCUGGAGAGCAGAAUGUGGGCACUUCUACUGCAGGUCAUGUGUGGAGUUUCUUUUCAGGGGAAAUCAAGGAGCAGUAGCUUACUGCAGAAAGUGCAGAACACCUCUCUUCCAUUAUCAGUUCUUGCCAGAUGACAUAAUCAGCAGUAAAGUUGAGAGUACCAUAAUUCAUUGUUUAUUCUUGGAGGCAGGAUGUAAAUGGGAAGGAGAGUUGAAAGAAUCUGAGUGUCAUGUAGGAAGCUGCAGUUUGGCCAGCAUUCAAAGAGGAGAGCAAAAGGAGUGUGAGGGCGAUAUCACGCUUUCUACUGGAACAGAUGACGAAAGAGAAUUCUUACUUACUGAUAAUGUUGUUGAGAAUCAAAUUGGAACUGAAACGGAUGAAGAUCCAAUUGACGAGGAUUCGCACACCCAACGUCCCAUGCCUGCCCACCGCCAAGAAGCACAGGAUGGCGAAAACCCACAGAACAGUUCUCCAACCCGAGAAACAGCUGCCUGUCCUGAGUUUGGGAUAAAUGCUGAUUCUUCCGAGCUCGUUGUUAGGGAUGGUGCUCGUAGAUCAGAGACAAGACGAUCCUGCCAUGAAGAAGGCAGCGCCAUUGUUAGAAAGAACCAUUCUCCAACCAGGGAAAGAGUUGACUGUCAUAAGAAAGGGCAUAUCAACGCCAAUCUUCCUCGUCAGGUCAACUUCUUGUUGUCUGGUAAUAUAGCGGGACAAAAUAGGAACUCAGCCGAAAAUUACUUGGAGUUUAAAGAGGAGUUGAACCCCUCCCUUAACGCUACCAUGGCGAGAAACACCGCAUGCUCGCGAAACUCGGUUCCAAAUGAUUCUGAUCGACAUGAGCAAAGAUUAAUCAACCUUGAAAAUCAAGUUGCUCGCCUGACUCGCUGUUUUUCGGAACAAAAUGAAGUUACAAACUACAUCGCUAAUGUUAAUUCUCACCUGGUGUCAGAAAAUGAUCAGUUAAAAGAUGCGGUCGGCGACGUCAACAACAGAUUACGCCAUAUUCAAGUCUCUCUUAAUGCUCACCAAAUGAAGCACGAUGAUCAUCAAGCGAAUUUUAACACCCUGCAAAAUGAGCAGAGUAACCAAAGCGUGGAACUUGCGAGGCUCAUUAGGGAUACGGCGGCUGUCCAGGAAAGAAUCACACGACUUGAGGGUCGUGUGAACGCACAAGGAACGAUGUUGAGGAAUGUAUCAGAUUCUGUUAGAGGCCUAGCUACUUUAACCAGAAGGGUGGACAUUGAAAAUUUAUGAAAUAGAAGUGAACUUAAGAAGUGUAUCUCAGGGAUCAUUCGAUUUGUAUCUCCACUGUUUAAAAGUGUACAUAAAAAUUUAUUACUUGGCAUGUUUUGAGGUUCUAAAGAGUAACAUCUCUCUCGAAAAUUUAUUCA